AUGUUGUUCAGAUCGCUUGUCGCGGCCUUUGGCCUCCAGCUGGCCCUUGAAGUCGUUGCAAGCCCUCUGUUGCGCGACAAGGUUCCAGUGAAGCGUGAUGUUCCAUCAACCCACAGGCUUCAUGAACGCCACCCGCCCCGCACCGCCAAUCACUGGACUAAACGGGAGAGAUUAUCCCGAAAGACUGUUUUGCCCAUGCGUAUCGGCCUAAAGCAGCGAAAUCUCGAUGUGGGACAUUCCAGGCUCAUGGACAUCUCUAACCCGAAAUCUGCCAACUAUGGUAAACACAUGACUGCAGAGGAAGUCAUCGACUUCUUUGCUCCGGCACAGUCUAGCGUGGAUGCUGUUAUUGAUUGGCUCGUCUCUUCCGGCAUUGAUCGGAAGCGCAUCAGCCAAUCAGCUAACAAGCAGUGGAUCCAGUUUGAUGCGGCAGCUGAAGAGGCCGAGGAUCUCCUGGUGGCCGAUUUCUACUACUGGGAGGACAGCACAGGUUCUCACAGAGAUAUUGCCUGUGAGGAAUAUCAUGUUCCCGCCCAUAUUCAAGAGCACAUUGACUACGCAACCCCCGGAAUCAGACUGCGUGCAAACAAUGCCGUCAAGCGCGACCUCAGCAAACGAGAGACAAACAAGAUCUCAGCACUUCGCGAGGGUCCACACUUUACCAACACUGUCGCCCACAUAAACGCUGUGAACGAUGUCCCAGGAGUCAAUUCCACUUCUUGCAGUAGCUUCAUCACUGCUGAUUGUAUCAGAGUUCAGUAUGGUGUGCCCAAUGGUACAACAGCCGCUGCCGGCAAUGAGCUGGGAAUCUUUGAAGACCUGAAUGACCACUACAGCACUGCUGACCUUGAUGCAUUCUUGGCGGCUGUCUAUCCCGAUCUUAAUAUCCCCAAGGGGACAUAUCCUGAGAACCGUUUGGUCGAUGGCGCCAUCGGGUCUUACGAGGACAUUGUGGCUACUAUUGGUUCCAACUUUGGUGGUCUUGGACUUGAGUCUACCUUGGAUUUCCAGUCAGCCAUCCCCCUCAUCUGGCCCCAGAAGACGGUCCUGUUCCAGACAAACGACGAGUAUUACGAGAUUGUUGGAACUCAAGGCUUCUUUAAUACCUUCCUGGAUGCCAUUGAUGGUAGCUACUGCAGCUUCAGCGAUUACGGUGAGACUGGGGAUUGCACUGACUCUUCAUGCGCCGACCCUGUUUAUCCAAACCCCAAUUAUCCCUCACCUAUUGGAUAUCAAGGACAAAAGCAGUGCGGUGUAUUCGAGCCCACCAAUGUCAUCUCAGUCUCCUACAACGGCAUCGAAGAUCUCCUCCCCAACAACUACCAGUACCGCCAGUGUGACGAGUACCUGAAGCUCGGCCUGCAGGGAGUUACCGUCGUCUUCUCAUCAGGCGACUAUGGUGUUGGCACCCAUUUGGGCUGCAUCGGUCCGAAUUCUGAACCCAACGUCGGCAUCAUCUUCACUCCCGGUUUCCCCCAGACAUGCCCAUACAUCCUCGCAGUCGGCGGCACUGAGCUGAGGCGUGCAGACCCCAGCGCUCCUCCAGUUGAGUGGGAAAUACUUGAAGAGGUUGCCACUACUCAGUUCCCUAGCGGUGGAGGCUUCAGCAACAUCUUUAGCGUCGCCGACUACCAGGCAGACGCUGUCAACGCGUACUUUGAUGCUGUAGAGUCUUCAUUCCCAUUCAAAUCCUACAACCAGACCAUUGUGAACGGCAACUUUGACAACGUAACAGACGUCAACCAAGUCUACAACCGGGGCGGCCGUGGUUUCCCUGAUGUGGCGGCUGUGGGAGAGAAUCAGCUCGUUGUCUACGGUGGGCAAUUUGGUACUAUUGGCGGAACCUCGCUUUCGACGCCGGUCUGGGGAUCUUUAUUGACUCUGAUCAACGAGAAGCGCAUUGCCGCUGGCAAGAGCACCCUUGGGUUUGUCAACCCGGCUCUGUAUCAACACCCGGAGGCAUUUAAUGAUGUCACCGAGGGAAACAACAAUGGCUGCAGCUCUCCUGAUCAAACAACACUGUGGGGCUUCCCAGCUGCGGCCGGAUGGGAUCCUGUGACGGGCCUUGGGUAUGUUUCUCUCCUUCUCGCUCUCAUUCUCGGUUAUUAUGGACUCAACUAA